GGUUUCGUGUUGUUGGCAGUACUGCAAAAUGUGACAGGUCAGUCUGCAGGAAUGGCGACUAUGAUGGAAGAACAGAAUUCGGUUGACAUGGGCAAAGAUAAAGAAUCACAAUUCGAUGAAGUCAGUUGCAAUUGGGUGGACAUCACCCAAGAGUUUUUCGAGGCCAUCACAGAGCUGGAGUUAGGGGAACUUUUGCGUGAUAAAUUGUUUGGAUUAUUUGAAGCAAUGUCUGCAAUUGAAAUGAUGGAUCCAAAGAUGGAUGCUGGCAUGCAAUGCAACAGGGGCAGCAACAAACCAUGUACUUUUUCACAGGCUGUUGACUCUGGUGCAUUAAAAUUGGACAAUCUGACACCAUCCGAAGUUAUAGGAAUAAUUGAUUCAACCUAUGCGUGUAUAGUGUCGUGGCUUGAAGGUCAUAGUCUGGCACAAACUGUUUUCACUAACUUGUACCUUCACCAGCCCAGUCAAAUAGUAGAUAAACCUCUGAAGACUUUUUGUUAUGCUGUGUACAAAAUAAUUGAGAUAAUUAAAGAUUGCAUAAAUAAAGCAUUAGUGUUCGAAGAAGAAGACUUUCAAAGUGUUACUUACGGCUACAGAUUGCAACAAGACAUUGCAGAACAAAAAACUUUAUCUAUGUUACGUGAAGUAGAAGAAGAACUGCAUAGGAAAAGUAGAAUAAAGCCAGUUGACGCAGAAUCUGAGAAAGAAUACAAUGAUGGACUGGCCUUGUAUGCAAGAAUUAGAUUUACCAAAUUGUUCUAUCAAAUCUUGUCGUUAAUGGGAAAGAAAGAGCAACUGCAACAGAAUUUAAACGACUGUCAUAGAUUAUUAAACAAGUGUUCAUACAUGAUUCAAGUUAUGAUUAAGACAGUAGAUCGUGGAGAGAAGGCUGACGAUAUUUCCAACUAUCCAAAUAUCAUGGGAUUUAAUCCCAUGGUGAAUCACAGAUUAUUACCACCAACAUUCCCGCGAUACACUAAAAUAAAACCGAGAAUAGAGGCGCUAAAAUAUCUGGACGAAUUAAUAAUUAGGAUUAGAACGGUCACCAUGAUUACCAAUCAGACCGGUCUUCAUGCAGCUUUGGACUAUUUUUUAGAAUUCUCAAGACAUAGUCCGUGUAUAUUAUCUAGAUCCAUGCUACAGAUAGUGUAUUUACCCACAACGAAUCGAGUAUUCGGUGUGCACAAUUUUGCCGAUGUUCUGAAAGAGGCGGCGCGGAACUUUAUCGCGCCGCCGGUCUUAAUGCCAAAGAGCACGUUGCUUCAGAAUCAUCAAGCUAAGGAAUACGUUGAUAGUUUUAUGUCCCACUGCGUCAGCCUGUUCGGCAUGCUGUUGCAGCUCACCGGUCACAACAGAGCAAGGCAAAGAGAUAAAUUGGCGCAUCUGCUGGAGGACUUCGCUGCAUUGCAGGAUGAAGCGGAAAGAGUAGAUGGGUUCUUACAUACGUUGUCUUUAAAAAGUCUUACACCCAGGUCGCAUCUAGCUUGUUUUGCAACAUGGAUUUUGUAUCAUACGCUGCGAGUAAUGGUCAUGUACUUGUUAAGCGGGUUCGAACUGGAAUUAUAUUCGGUACACGAAUACCAUUACAUAUACUGGUACCUUUAUGAAUUUCUUUAUGGAUGGCUUGUGUCAGCCAUCACGAGAGCCGAUACAUUUUUAAUGGAGCAGGAUGUGCAUAACGACGCGCAUAAAGGCAGAGGUGCCAAGAAGAGCGCUAAAAAUAAAAAAAAGAAAUCAACGCCAAGACCGUACGACAUAGAAAUAUUGAUAUAUCAGGCUAUGCAAAAUAUAUGCGGUGGAUAUUAUAAAGCUUUAGUCGGGUUUCGCAUGGAUGGAAGAAUACCUCUUCCUGAAGUACAGUUCGAUUCGGAACGCGUUCGGUACGAGCACAGGUUAUUACCAUUUUCUUCGCUACUAACACCGCCGCCAGUUCAUUACCAGGAAUUCCUAGAUAUGACUAAUGCACAGAUGCAUAAAAGAAACGAAAAGGUUACCAGCGAGAUGCUGUACUUAGCUGGGUGUAGACACUUUCAUCAAGCGAGGAACAUGCUGGAACGAGCCUUAUUUCUUUACCCCCAGAAUGCAUGUGCUGUAAAUGAGAUUAACGACUUAUUAAAAAUAUCGAAAACUAAUUUCGUGGUCUUAAAGUUACUCGCCGGCGGACAUCAAAAGGACUCGAAGGAACCGCCAGUAUUCGACUUCUCCUGUCACCAACACUUCCCGCUGAUCAAGCUCACGAAACUGAACUCUUUGUAAUGGCCCCCCGUUUCCACCUGCAAACUGGACAUAUUAUUUAUUUUAGCUUUAACCGUGGAAAAAAAUAUUUUUGUGUUGCUGACAUUUCGAUGCCUUUUCUUCCCCGUUUAAACCACGAGAUUUUACAGCCACCCCCGUCGCUCUUCGACUCCUGCCCACCCCUUGCUCCGCUGCACUCCACUAAUUUGUCUCCGUCAUUAACCAGUCUUCUCCCUUCAUUGUACAGAUAUGUAUUAUUUGUCGUAUAUAUUUUGUGGAUAAAUUUCUAUAUUAAACGAGAAACGAUAUUUGUAUAUAGUUUAUCACAGAUUGUAUAUGUUUUAAGUGAGUUCACAUGUGGAUUACUGAAGAAUGAAUGUGUCGCUCGUCUGAGGAUAAAAGGGUUCGUGAUGUUCACAGGUCGCCGCGAGAUGUAAAUACAACUUGUAGAAUGUAUAGCUACGAAACGUUGUAUAGUAAACAAAUUAUGCUACGCCGACGAAAACUGUUCACAGUUUCCCCCAUUGUUAGAGACACUCACGCGCAACAUCCUGAAUGUAUUACAAGCUUCCACGCAACACACCGAUCCGGAUGGUAGAACUUUUUUUUACCAUUGAGUGAUCUCGCAAUUCCAUUGAUCUCAUGACCUGGUUUGUUUGUACGAGUACCACCAUUCUGAUUUAGUCAGGAGACAUCACGGUUUAUACAUUGUUAAAUUCUGUACGACGCAGAACGAAGAGAAGAAAGAUUGUAACCAGCCCACGUGACGUUGAAUCCGAGCGCAGGAUUACUGAUAAACGCGAUCAACAAUGAUACCUGUAAAUCACAAAAUUCGUGUGAGAAAGUGAUGUAUGUCUAAUAAAAGUAAUAGUCUGACAAUGA